AUAAAAAAUUAACACAUAGAUAUCAUCGAACGCACUCUCGUUUUUCUCUCCUUUCCACCACUGUCUCACUCUCAUAUCCUUUUCUCUCUGGCUGGCUGUCUAGCUCGCUCGCUCGCUCGCUCAGUGUUGUUGUUGCUGUAGGGAAAACAAUGACUGCCCUUUCCAAUUCGUUCAUGUUAACUAAAAAUCCUGGAAUCCAGCUAUCUUCCGGAUGUCCUCUGAAACCAUCAGACCAUUGCUUUGGGAGUAUAUGCCCAUCUAACUUGUCUAUCAGUCACAAGCGUGGAAGGAAUGUUCAACUUUGUACCUCCAGAAGGCCCUUUGCUGUUCAAGCUGCAUAUAGUGAUGGUGGAAGGGCAAACAGUGGAAGCAUUUUUAUCGGUGGCUUUGUUUUGGGGGGACUUAUAGUUGGCACACUGGGUUGUGUAUAUGCACCUCAGAUCAGCAAAGCACUGGCUGGAACUGACCGGAAGAAGUUAAUGAGUAAACUGCCAAAAUUCAUAUAUGAUGAAGAUAAAGCUUUGGAGAAACAGCGAAAAAAGUUGGCUGAGAAGAUUGCACAGCUCAACUCUGCUAUAGAUGAUGUUUCUUCACAACUUCGUACAGAGGAUGCCCCAAAUGAUGCACCAAAUGGAGUAGCUGUGAACUCGGAUGAAGUGGAAGCCGCCAUAUGAGAUUGCUGUGGUUUACAGUAUUGUACCUGUUUCAGAUUGGGAAAUAAUAUUUUGAAUUUCUUGCAAUGUUUUCCUCUACUGCUCGAGAAUCAAUAUACUUUGUCUGUUUCAAUAUAGCGCGUCCCAGCUUGAGUAAAUAGAUUGUUACUAAUAUUUGGAGUGAUUACUCAUUGUAGCAGCUGUUUUGUGCUGCGCAUGUUUUCUUUUAUGAGUAUCAAUGAAUUAGAAUGUCUGCUUCGUUUGA